CUGGGGUGCCACCUUCCUGUGUUCCCAUUCUAUUCCCAGCAUCCAGGAGGCCAUGGCCCUGAUGAGCCUGCAAGACCUGAGCGGGGCUGUGGCUGGGAAGGGGACUUGGAGGUCUCCCAUGCCUGGAGCCUCCGAAAAUCGAAGUCUGUUGACACAAACAAGGCUUGGAGCCGUCCUCCCCUUUGCUUCUCCACCGAGGCCUGUUCCAGGGAAGGCUGGCAGGGAAGCAGGCGGGCGGGAGACGGAGAGCAGCCACCCUCCUCCGCUGCCGCCGCCGCCGCGUCCGCCUGCGGGAGCCGGGCAUUCCAGUCGGAACCGGCCUCCCUGUCGCAGCCCGGUCUACUCGCUUGGAGAAGAGAGUCUACCCCGGUCUACUCGCCGCCGCUUCUGCCACUUUGAGAAGCGAGCGAGGGAAGCCCUUGGGAGGCCGGAGGGAGGCGCGCCGGGGAGGGUAUUUAUAGCCGGCCGGCGGACAAGCAGCCGCCCCCCUGGACCCGAAGAAGAGCCAGAGCCUGAGCCUGACCACCUUCUCUUUCAAAGCAACGUGGGGCUGGCGUGUGACAGGAUGGGCAAAGACUUCCGCUACUACUUCCAGCACCCCUGGUCUCGCUUGAUUGUGGCCUACCUGGUGAUCUUCUUUAACUUUUUAAUAUUUGCCGAAGAUCCAGUUUCGCACAGCCAGACGGAAGCAAAUGUCAUUGUGGUUGGGAACUGCUUUUCCUUUGUAUCAAAUAAAUAUCCCGAGGGAGGAGGUUGGAGGUUUGUAAAAGUAUUCCUGUGGCUACUUGCCAUCCUCACAGGACUGAUAGCUGGCAAGUUCCUCUUCCAUCAGCGCUUAUUUGGUCAAUUGCUGCGAUUGAAAAUGUUUAGAGAGGAUCACGGGUCUUGGAUGACAAUGUUCUUCAGCACCAUCCUCUUCCUCUUCUUUUUUUCUCACAUAUACAAUCUGUGCCUCCUUAUCGCUGGGAACAUGAGGGCAUACAUUGUAACAGACUUCAUGGGCAUCAGGAAUGAAAGUUUUAUGAAGGUAGCAGCAGUGGGGACUUGGAUGGGAGACUUUGUCACGGCUUGGAUGGUCACAGAUAUGAUGCUUCAGGACAAGCCCUAUCCUGAUUGGGGAAAAUCUGCUAGAGCUUUCUGGAAAAGGGGGAACACAAGGAUCAUUUUGUUCUGGACUGUUCUGUUUACUUUGACCUCGGUGGUUGUUCUUGUCAUCACAACUGACUGGAUCAGCUGGGACAAGCUGAAUCGUGGAUUCCUGCCAAGUGAUGAGGUUUCCAGAGCCUUUCUGGCUUCCUUCAUCUUAGUGUUUGACCUUCUUAUUGUCAUGCAGGACUGGGAAUUUCCACACUUUAUGGGUGAUGUUGAUGUAAAUCUUCCUGGCUUGCCAGCUGCGCACUUUCAAUUUAGAUUGCCCUAUUUCAAAAGGAUUUUUAAGGAAGAGUAUCACAUACACAUAACAGGCAAAUGGUUUAACUAUGGAAUCAUAUUUCUUGUUUUAAUCUUGGAUUUAAACAUGUGGAAAAAUCAAAUAUUUUAUAAGCCACAUGAAUAUGGACAAUAUAUUGGUCCUGGGCAGAAGAUCUAUACUGUGGAAGAUUCGGAAAGUUUAAAGGACCUCAACAGAACCAAACUUUCUUGGGAAUGGCGAUCCAACAAUACUAACCCUUUGACCAACAGGACCUAUGCUGAAGGAGACAUGUUUCUACAUAGUCGAUAUACUGGUGCAAGUCUAGACGUUAAAUGCUUGGCCUUCAUUCCAUCUUUAUUAGCUUUUGCUUUGUUUGGAUUCUUCAUUUGGUUCUUUGGACGAUUCCAGAAAACCGAUCAAGGCAUGGAGAAUCUUGACAAGUCAUACACCCGCAUGAAAAGGAAGUCACCCUCAGAUGUAGGAAUGACACGAGAGAACACACAGGUUUUAGCAGAAGAGCCAUUAAGCCUAGAAGAUCCACAUUUGAUAUCUAUCAAGUCAGACUUGAGUGAGAUUGUAUUUAACUCGUCCCUCCUAACAUCGGAAAAUCUUCAUGCACAUUUAAAUGAACAACCAAGCCCACUGCAACCAACAAGGGAGAGCUCUGUACCUAAGAAUAAUCCAUUAACCUAAUGACACCCCACUUGGAAGGAAUGAAAAAUGAAAUUAUUGUGAGAUUUCAUUGUCGCUUUUGUUUGGUGAGUGACAGUUUACAUAGUUUUUAGAACAGGAAAGAGACACAACCUAUACCCCAACGGUGCUCAACAUGCUUUUUUCUAUGACUUUGUUUUCUAUUUAUAUUAUAAUGACUUGUGCCUAUUGUAUUAUAUCAAACAUUCCUUUAUAGAGUGCUUCUAUAAAAACUUGCAAUAGUGUACUAGUUGAGUACUAGUAACAGGUAUAAAAUGUGGCUUUGGUUGUGCCUUGGAACAUGAGAUCACCUAACUAUAGAAGCACGUCCCAGAAUUUAAAAAGGUGUUUUUAUAUUUCAGCUCCCAGAAUCCCUAAGCCAACAUGACUAGAAACCAGUAUUAGUUGUGGAUUUUGAGAGGUGUAGUCCAAUAAUAACUUUACCAACUUUGAAUAGACCUUCUCUAGGAGAUUUUCUUUUCAACAGAAUGACUUAGAAUGUGGCAAGAGCAUGUUUGGUUUACUGGUUGAACAAUAUAAGUAUCAUCCUAGAUCUUUUUGUCACCUUUCUGAAAGUCUGGAUAAUAGAAACUGUGCAGUGGCACAAUUGACUCUUUUUUGAGGAGUGAGAAGAUGGAAAACAAUAGAGCAUCAGGUACAUCAUACAUGGAUUGAUUUAGAAAUUCAUUAGAUGGAUGUGGCAUCUCCAUAAGAAUUGUGUUAAUGGCCAGUAUGUCUGUGAAAGGUUUUUGGUAAGCACUGGCUGAGACAGACUGACUUUAAUUUACUGAUCUACACUUUGACAGCUGGACUUCAAAGAAGCAUGUUGAUUACUUUUUAAUUUUGCUGGCUCAUUUCCAGACACAAAUCCAAAUUCAUAAUGUAGUAACAUCAGAGUGAUAAUGCAGCAUGGGUCACUGGUUAGGAACAUGUGACUUUCUCCUCAAGUAAUUGCAAUUAGGUGAUAAUGCCUAAUUAUGUUUUUCAUAAUUAGAGAUAAAUUGCUACCAGAUUAAAAAUCCUGCCCUUCACCUUUUUAGGAGCAAAAGGUUAAAAUGCAGUGCUGGUGGAGCAGUCAAACUUUUCAGCUGAAGCCUAGGCAAUGCCAAAGAAGCAAUAAUGGGAAUGCACUCCGGAUUAAAGUCCACCAUCUGCAGUGUUUAUGAUGUGAAUGGUGGAUUGAGGUAUAUCUGUAUAAGACUUGUACCAUGUCAUUGAGAGAAUGGACUCUGGGCACAGGUUAUAAUGAGGGGAGUGAAUGCAUGAAAUAGAAUAGCAAAUAAUGUGCUGUUUUGUUACAUUGAGGAAUUAACACUGUGUCCACUAAUUUAAAAAAAUAAAAAAUGAAAAAUGGA